GGCCCAGCCCCGCGGAUGACAGGAGCCGGGGAGCCGAGGAGGGAGGAGCCGCCGCCGCCGAGCGCUGGGCUGAGGAGCAGAGAGAGCGGGGCGCGGAGUGCGGGCGGCUGGGAGCGCGCUGAGCGGGGGAGAGGCGCUGCCGCACGGCCGGCCACAGGACCACCUCCCCGGAGAAUAGGGCCUCUUUAUGGCAUGUGGCUGGUAACUUUCCUCCUGCUCCUGGACUCUUUACACAAAGCCCGCCCUGAAGAUGUCGGCACCAGCCUCUACUUUGUGAAUGACUCGCUGCAGCAGGUCACCUUCUCCAGCUCCGUGGGGGUGGUGGUGCCCUGCCCAGCCGCGGGCUCCCCCAGCGCGGCCCUUCGAUGGUACCUGGCCACGGGGGACGACAUCUACGACGUGCCGCACAUCCGGCACGUCCACGCCAACGGGACGCUGCAGCUCUAUCCCUUCUCCCCCUCCGCCUUCAAUAGCUUUAUCCACGACAAUGACUACUUCUGCACCGCGGAGAACGCCGCCGGCAAGAUCCGGAGCCCCAACAUCCGCGUCAAAGCAGUCUUCAGGGAACCCUACACCGUGCGGGUGGAGGAUCAAAGGUCAAUGCGUGGAAACGUGGCCGUCUUCAAGUGCCUCAUCCCCUCUUCAGUGCAGGAAUAUGUUAGCGUUGUGUCUUGGGAGAAAGACACCGUCGCCAUCAUCCCAGGUAAGACAGGAUCGCGGGGCCGGGGCUGGGUGAAGGUGCCUGAGCUGGUUGUUGAGCUGAUCAAGGCCUUGAACGUGGUCUGCUGUGUGGUGUCUCGUUCUUCUGGUGAGGCUUCAGCAAAACGGUGUCUUUGGUCUCUGCGUGGGGAGGUGGAGAUCUGUGUGCCGGUGGCCUCUCCUGGGCGUGCAAAGUGCUCCCCUCCAGAGGACCGAGCCACCAUCCUUCCUAUACUGAGGUCUGGCUUGGCUUUGCGCCGAGGGAGGGGUGGCAAGGCUAGAGGCAGCUCUUCUGUGGAAAUGGCCAGGCAAGGAGAGAGGAAAGCUGGGUCGAGGUCUGUGUCGCCGUGGUGAGCGCCGUGAACAAGCACUGCUGCUCCCGGACCUGCUGUGGGAGGCGUGCACGGGGCCUGUGCUAUUUCAGAAGUUGGCUGCAGACUGCACCCAUGGCCGAUGGCAGGAGGUGGGGGAAACACCGCAUUGCAGGUGCCCCACUUUGCAGCCGCCAUGUGAGCCUUUCCACCUCUGAACCCCAAGAGAGAACCUCACGUCCUUAAAAGACCUCUCGGCCUCCAGGUACCAGGAGGGCUCUGCCACCCUCCCUCUGUGCUCGCACACUGCAGGGGGUCUGCUGCCUUGACCUUUGCUGUCCUGCCUGUAGAGUAGAGGGACUUGACCAGGCGCUCCUUGGGUGUGAAGGGCCUUGGCUGCCUGUGGGAGACGAUUCUUGCUCCUCAUUGUCUACGGGUUGGUUGGGGAAGAUAUGACUUCCACACAUGGCACCUUUAAAAGCUGGGGUUCUUAAUCCCACUCCCUAUCCUAGCUCUGGAGAAGCUCCUUCAAGAGUACCAAUGGUUAUGCCAAUCUCAAAUCAAUUGAGUCCAAAUCUCUCAGGAGUAGGGCCUGGGCAUCAGCAUUUUCCAGUGAUCCCUGGGUGAUUCUUACUGUACAGGUAGGAUAAGAACCAACGCUCAGGCAUGCCAACAGCUAAUGUGGAGACACUUUUUUUGAGACAUUUAUUUGUGUUUUAUGAUCGGUCCUUUUGGCCUCUCUCAGUUCCAGGCAGGUGGGCAGACCAUUAUUUCUGUUGGCUUCAGAGGUGGUAGCAGGACAGGAAUCUGAAGCUACUUGAGGAUGACUGCUCUUGCUGUUUUGUAAAACCUUAAAACAAUGGGAAAGGUGCCGAUGGCUGUGGUAUUGGUUAGUUUCCCAUUACUAUAAUGAAAUACCCAAGGCUGGGUGCCUUAUAAAGCAAGGAGAUUUAUUUAGCUCAUGUUUCCAGAAGUUCAAGGGCAUGGUCUGGCAUUGGUUUGGUACUGAUUUUCGGCAUUACAAUGGUGAGGAUGUGUUUGAGAGGGAGAGAUCACGUGGCAGUGAUAUGGGGAAACUAGGUAGGGCCAUAGGCAGGAAUAGGUGAGCUGGAAUCUUUGCCAGUCCUGCACUGUAACUCUGUUCCCGUACCUGUCAAUCCAUUACACCCACUGUCCCAUGAUGCACCUGGGUCUCACCUGGGACCAGGAAGGAGGAGAUGCUAGGAUGGCCAGAUGGCAGUUUAAGUCUAUGUUUUCAUGGAGGCACCAUGAAAACCCUAGAAAGCUGCAUGUACUCUAACCUCCAUCUCACUUGUAUAUUUAACUAGGAUGCCACCCGCUGUCUCAUCAGAGACUGACAAUGUGGGAGGGGCCCUUCCUUUGCUCUUGACCAUGCGUAUGAGUCUGUCUCUGUCUUGCCCUCUCUCUCCUCCUCUCCUCAUUGGCUCUCUCUGGCCCACUCAUGAUGGGCAUCUCUGCUUGUGGGGUUGCCCACGCUCAGGCGUGAGUAUAUGUUCGCUCUCUUUAAAAUAAGUCAUGCUUCCACAUGUGCACUGACUGUAUUUAUGUCUCUGCUUUGAAUUUAUCUCUGUGGUGGGCAGGAACCUGGUAAAAAGAUUAAGAUACAUAGACCCAUAACAGCAGGGCAGGAAGAGCCACCUGGGAGUCCCCUGGGAACCAGGAGAACUACUCUAACCCCUUCCUCAGUGCCCCGCCACCACCUAACAUCCUCCCUGCAGACCCCACCUGUUACAGGUCCUGUCACCACCACAGGUAGGACCAAGCUUCCAGGACAGGACCCAGGGUAGGGGGUAGGGGACACACUGCAACCACAGCAGGUGUUCUGUCUGGAAGGGGAGCCUCUGAGAGCAAGGAACAAAGAGGAGGCAAAAGAGUGCCAGGAACAGGAAUGGUGCUGGAGGAGGCUCUGUGGCUGCAGCUGAGGAAGCAGCUGGAUCUCAAGGAGUGCCGUGUGAUGCCCUGCAGGGUCUGGAACUGUCCAAAUGAGGCAGGAGGUGCACCCCACAGGGACCAUGUGGGCAGGGGUCACGGGCUGGUGGGGGUCGGGGGGAGUCCUAGCAAUGUCAGAGACAGAAUUUCCUGCAGAGUCGGAUUUAAAGGGAUUAAAGAAUGUAAAGAAAUGCAGUAUUUCCUGUACACUUGAGUUUAUAGACUAAGCAUGAUAUCCAUUAAAAUAAUUAUUAUAUUCAAAGUUUUUUUGAGUGCUUAUUAUAUAUGCCGGGAACUGGGUUAAGAAACUUUUAAAAAUGAUCUCAUGUUAGCCUCACGAAAAGCCCGUAAGUGUAUUUUUCCUCCCUCCAUUUUACAAAAAAAAAGGAGGCUCAGAGAAGCAAAGGAGCUUCUGGGUCACGGGUCCAUUAAGCGAGGAUAGAGGCUUGGAUCGGGUUUGUUUUUCAGCCCGUGCACUUAACCCCACACAGCAGCGUCUCCCCACACCCACACAAAUGCAUCCAAUUAGGUGUUACUCUGACUGCCGCCGUGAGCGCUGGGGCCUGAAGAAGAGGGAAAAAUCAAUGUUGAUCUUUCAGGGAAGGCUUCACGGAAUCAGGUCCACUGAGUGAUUAAGAGCCCCAAUCUAGAACCAGACCACUUGGAUUUGGAACUCCUUCCAUUGCUUACGAGCUGGGCAAGUAAGUCACAGACUCCCUCAGUUUCCCCAGCUGUAAAAUGGGCCCCUUGGGUUGUAAUUAGAAGGAGUUACUUACUACGUGGCCAAUGCUGAGGACACAGGCUGACAGCUUCUGCGGAUGGGUUGUGCUUCCUCUUGGUGCCUGCCGUUUCUGUGGCAGCGUUCUGCCGCAUCCCAGUCAUGACCCCCGCAAGACUGCGCACCAGGGCGGCUCACUGGCUUGUCUUCACCCAGCAUCCCUGGCUCUUAGCUCUUCCACGGUCAGGGCACUCACUCAGUGUUCAGUGAGUGGAUGCAUGGAUGCCGGGAAGAAUUCUGGAGGAGUCUGGGAAGCCACAUGACCGAGACAGUGAAACCGGCUGGGCGUGGUGAGCCUGGGGCAGUUAGGAGACCAGAGCCCACAGGAGAGAGGAUGGAAGGCUAGCCAGCUCCUGCGCUUAGGAGCUAGAGGCAGUGAGCUCCCCCCAGGCGGUCCUUGUAGUUGGUGCUUCAGGGCCGUCUUUGAUGUCAAGACUGGGCUGCUGGCCCCAAAGGGCAUAAUUAUCAGGGAAGUGGCCUUGAUGCUAAUCUGCGGGGCUGUGUUCAACUCUGGUUCUAUAGAACCCUUUCUUUCCUUUGGUCUUGCAGAAUUUUCUUCCCCUGCCUAACUCUCUAACCCCAGCCAUAAUCAUUCUAGAUCCUUCUACAGCUACAUGUUAGACCCAGGGCUGUUCCUCCCCAAACACACAGAUCUAAUGAGUCUGAUAGCAGGAAAAGAGGGGUUUGCUUCCUCCAGGCUCUAGGUGAGGGACCAGGACUUGUGUCUACAUGCCUCAUACUUUAAUUUUAGA